AUGAUCUUGAUUAAUAGGACUGAACACAUUGUUUUUGUUGUUUACUCACUUGGGGAAGUCCACCCACCUGGGGAGCAGAAGUAAGUCUCCAUCUCAAUAUACAACUUAGCAGAAGUUUGCUUUCAGAAAUAUGAUUCUCCCUUCAGAAAAGCACCAUCUGUGGUCUCGUCUUCCCUUUUGAUACCUGCAAUGGCUGAAGAUAUAGUCUAUGCUGAUAUCAGAACUAGAAGGACCUCCCCUUUAGAACAUGAAUCUCCACUUCAGAGAUCCGUGUCUUCCAACUCUUCUACUGCCCAUAAAUCAUGCCCCUCUAAAGACUGGCAGCUGCAUGGGGGGAAAUGUUACUGGGUUGCUAAAACUAAGACAUCUUGGAACAAAAGUCAAAAUGACUGUGCCAUGAAAAAUUCACAUCUCAUGGUGAUUCAAGACUUCAUCGAUAUGGUGAGGUUUAAUAUUUAG